AUGGCGCUGUGUCAGCUUAAGGCCGGAUCCAACGCCUUUGCGGUGAAGCAGUGCACUGCGGCCCUCGAAUUGGUGCCCUCCGAGGAGGAACAGCUCAAAUACGAGGAUGGCGAAGGUAUAACCCUCCACGACGUCGAGAAACUGCUCUUCCGACGGGGCUCCGCCUAUGCUGCCUCCGAUCUCCUAGACGAAGCUCACGACGAUCUGACUCGCGUACUCCAAAUGAACCCGGCCAACCAGCCUGCUAAGCGUCUGUUGGAGGAUGUACAACGCCGACUAGCCUCGGUGCAUAAUCUGAUGGCGGAGCGUCUUCGUCGUGCCCUCUGA